CGUGUCGCAGCCCAACGGCAAACGGAAAGCGGAAGAUAAAAACCGAGAUCCGAGCUGAGCUUUUUUUCUGUGUUGCCCCCCGGUCUUUCCGAAUGCGGCAGGGGAAAAAAAGUUGCCCCCGACGAUCGGCCAGAAAAAGCGAAAAUCGGCGCCUGCCGACAUGAAUGCACAGUAGGUGAGAACAAUCGCUGGCAGCGGUGGCGUACUCCGGAAUGAGGGAGGAGAGAAAAAGAUGAGGCUCGGCCAUCUCGUGGACGGCCAGACAGCCCGGAGCAGGGUGGCCAGCUGAAAGGGACGAAAGGCAAGGAGCCGAGCCAUUUGACUAGAAAGGACAGGGUGGGACGGAGCUUGCAGAGACACACACGCGGGCUGUAGCAGAUAGAGCUAUAGAUCGACAGCCAGCGCCAGAUCCCCCUGUCUAGGCCUUCUCCCCGCCCUGUGCACCCGACACGUCCACGGUUAGAGGACCCACACACCAGGCAAGGCCACAGUCAUAGAUGACGGGAGACACGGAGCACGCGACGAAGCAUACGCAUGCGCACACGCAGAUCCGGAUCCCGAGGAACUCGUUCACGGCGUUUCGACUCAAGUACUGCGAUGCGCUGGAGCUAUACAACACAUCCACGGUGAUAUUCAUCGGAAACAUCCCGCCGGCCUGGAUCUUGGACAAGAAGUCGCUUCUUCUUGCCAGGCUCAACCGUUUGGACAGCAUCAAGGCCUCGCGGAACCAGCACCCAGAGCACAGCACGCUUCAACACUUUGAAAACGCCAUCCACUUCUCAGACACGAGUGCUACUGCAGGCAGCACGGACUUUGGCGACAAAAACGGCGACAAUGACGGCGACAAGGCGGCGGAGGCAGAAGAUGGCGGUGGCAGCGGUUUCCACAACGACGCCCAUUCCGUCCACCCCUCCUUGAAGACCCGAUUAAAGGCGAAAUUCUUGCACAGUACGAUCCACGUGCCGAACCUGCAUCUGAAAACAAACGAAAAUCUGGACAAAGAGACACUGUCAAAGCUGGAGUAUCAUCAGUACGAUACUCCUGCUCAGAGCUCUCACUGCUUGCUUAAUGUUCCCGCUCACAAGCCCCGAGGUGCAAGUUUCUCGGACACUAAAGACAGUGAUAAUGGCAGCUCCAGUACCGCCAAGGAGGAUUCCGUGAAUCUCGCCAAAACUCCCACCGAUGUUGUUUCUUUCAGCAUACCGAGAGAGUCCAUCCAAAGGAAGAACUCGGAGUUUCACUUACUUUUGGAUGAAAAACUUUCUUCUCCCGAGCUCGGAGACGACUCUGUCUCAACCGCAAACAGCUCUUUUGCGCCAAUCGAUGAGGCCAAGGGCUCAGAUGAAAGUCAAUAUAGUUCGUCAUGUCCGGAAUCAUCGUCUGUUUCUCAAACUUCUGAAGCCCCGCAAUCCUUACAACUCUUUCUCAAGAAGCCUGACGAGGAGAAGCAAGAGAUCCUCAAGGAAGAAAUAGACAACGCAAUGCUGUCGUUGCAAAAAACGUACAACGUCGGAAAUGGAAAGGAACCUUCAGAGAGCAGUGAUGCUGAUUCUUUUGUAACUGCCGAAGAAACACCUUUAGAUUCUCCCUCGGAAUCAAAAGAUGACCUCAUGAGCUUGCCAGCUCACGCAGUCCCUGAAAGCAAAGAACGGAAGUCUGUUUCCUUCCAAACUCCUGCUUCAAUCAAAAUGACUAAUGCCACCAGCAUGUAUACCCUCCAAUCACAAAGAUUGGCAUUGGAUAAACAAACACCUUUCCCCUACAUGAAUAGUCGCAGCAAUUAUAAAACAGAUGAUGGGGAUGAGAAAUCACAGUUUAAAACCCAUGUUUACAGCGUGAACGAAGCUUAUACAGACAUUGAUGAUGAAAUUGCAGAAAGUUACAACAUACUGAAAACCAAAACGAUUGGUGCUAAACUAGGAUUAACUGGGGAAAUAAAUAAAUUCGAACAUAAGAGAAAAAUGAAAAAGUUGUUGCAACAUUUUCAAGCUGGGGAAAUCAUAAAGAUGGAAAAAAUGCUAGUGAUGGUCUCUACCAUAGAGAAGUUCAAAUUGAAUUCGAACUUGCAAAAAAGUACAAGAAUUUUGGAGCGUUGGCGGGAAUAUAUAACAGUCGUUAGAGCAACUAACGAUGACGACUACCCGGCCAUCAUACAGUUCUUUAAAAGCAACCAAAUUUUCAAAAAGGAUGACUUGAAAAAGUUGAGAAAAGAGAUAUAUGAAGAAGAGCUAGAAAAGCAACGUAUGGAAGAUGCAGAACCAGAGGAGGGCGAGGAGGCUAAAAGUGUGGAAGACAUUGACUCCGACAAAGAGGCCGAUGCCAACGAAGAGGUGUAUUACGACAAUGAUGAUAAAAGUUCGACAAGAAACAUGAAUACUAUUGAUCAAGAACUGGACUCGUUUGACGAAGAAAAUGGCACUGUGGUAAAUGAUGACACAGGAAACUCAACUUUAAGGUCAACUAUUAGUAAAAUAAAGAAUGCAAAGAAAAAGCACGAGAGUAAGAAAAAGUUGAAAAAGUUGAAGAGUAAAGUAUCCAACAAGUCUGUGUGUGAUCAAUCUCCAUCCUUUGAUCAGUUUCCGCAUGGGAGAAAGAACAAAAAUUGUCACUUUUCUUUAGUUAUUUCACGUCACGAUGUUAAUGUCGAGUUUGCCAAUCUUUUGGAUAAAAGCAUCAGGAUUACAAAAGAAAAGAAACGCUGCACCAUAAUUUACACACUGUUGACUCAUUCAACUUCUUCAGCGAUUGUUUGGUUUAGUUUUUUGAGACAACUUCUCAAUUCCAAAGUUGCAGAUAAUGCUGCAAAAUCUAUGUUAAUUAGUAUUCCUUCUCUUAACAUCUCUUUCACCAUAACUGGCGCCAAAACUUUUUACAAGGCCUACCUUGCAGAGCGCACGGUGAUGUCCGAUUAUGUUAUGAUCAAGUACAGCAAAGACGGCUAUCAGUUUCCCCAGAUAAGAAGUUUUGAAGAAAUGUUGGAAAUCAUAGAAAAAAAAGUUUCCGAGCUUGAGAGAUACGGAAAGUUACCGACUGAUGCAACAGCUAAAGAAUUUCUAAAAAAACUCAAAACAGACAAAUCGUAUUUGGCAUUAACAUUCAGAAAGUAUGAUCGUCUAGAAUGGAUCUUGGGUGAAAGUGAGCUAAUUGUACAGAUUUUAUGGAAUAUAUUUGCGUCUUCUUAUGAGCUUGAAUUGAGAGAAUUCCAACACGAGUCUCAUAUUUUAGGUGACUGCUCAUUAGUUGAACCCCUACCCAUUGAAGGGUUUGUGGUUAAAUUAUCAAAUCGGAGGGGUAAGCUUACAUCCAGCAUUGGAAGACAAUAUUACAAACUUCUUUAUGCUUUCACAGUUGAGAAUUUGCUCUUUCUUCAAGACUUUUAUAACGCUGUUCCAGUAUUGCCAUACCCCGCUGAACCUCAGCGUAAACUAAUCUCUCCUGCAGGUGAUGUUUUAAACUUGAAAGGAUUAGAGGAAGCCUCUUCUUUUGACCCAACAACCUAUCAGCAGACACCCUACCCUAGGACAAUGCAUCAUAUACAAUGGUUGAAACCGGGGAUAUCUCCAGAAGAAUAUGCAUCUCACGAUGCUGAUGCUUUGUAUGAAGCAGAAAGGCGUGCUUGUAUGAUCUCGAAUGCUUCUGCUGUUGUGGACCUUUGCAAAGUGAAAGAUAUAAGACUAGUCCCAAAACAAGACAUCAGCCUUGUCGUAAGGACAGCUAGUCGUGCCACCUGGAAGAUUCAGCAGCUUCAAUCUUCCGCUACAAACAAGUCCUUGUUUAAAACACUUUCGGGAAAUAUCGGAGCAGUUGAAGAUGAUGAAUAUGUUGAAAACUGUUUGGAGCUUGUGAUGGAAAAUGGAUCCAUAAUGAGAUUUCAAGUCUCUUCCCGUACGAUAAGGAAUGAAUGGGCAAAAAACUUAGGAAAAUUAAGUGAAUACUGGACAUUGAAAAAAAGAGAAGACUUAAUCCGCCAUGUGUUACUGAAAGAAAAGAACUUAACAUUGAUGAAUACGCACAACGAUGAUUAUUACGAAUCGUUGAUUGCUAAUGAAAAUGAAGCUAGUUGUUCUAAAUGGGAAAUGUCAAAAGCUUAUACCGAUACUCAGCUAUAUAGUAUAUCAUCUUACGUUUUAGACAAGCCAGUUCUUAUGGAAGGAUACAUUUAUUGCAAGAAAUUCAAGAGUAAACAGUUUAAACUUUUCUAUGCUGUGUUAAGCCCUGGAGUUCUUGUGGUGUAUGAUAUUUUCAAAAGGUCCAAAAGAACAGGAGUUGCCCGAAACACAACUUAUUACAGGCGUUAUGCUGCGAUAUCACUAGCAAGCUGUUACGUUUUUGCCAAUACAGGAAAAUCGAGCACUGAUAGUAAAGGGAAAGUGUUCUUUAGUUUGUCAUCCGGAGAGGACGGAUUGCCGAGAGUCUAUGGUGACGGAUGGAGAAGUAGUGAAUCUGCAUAUGAGAGAUCUUUCACUCUCUGGUUUGGUUCCAAGAAGAUCAUGAUGAAAAACAUCAAGGAAAAAACAGGCACACGAUUAAGUACAGAUGUUAAAAGAAGUUCAGCUGAGAGUGAGGUCAACUCUGCUCGCUUAACUUCUGACGCCGAGAUAGAAGCUUCCGAUUUUGAUCCAAACACCAAAACAAAAAAGUCGAAGAAUAUAGGAAAGAAAAAGAAGCCCAAAACGUUGAGCUUUUCUAGGUUGAAAAAGAAGAAGAAGAAGUCCUCAGAGCAAAAUCAAAUAGUCAAUGACUAUGGUACUGUCAGUGAAUCUAGUGAUGAAAGUACCGAUAACAGUAAUGACGAAGUUGGUGUAUUCCGAUCUAGUUCUGAAUCCGAAACGAGAACAGAAACAGAAACGGAAACGGAUACAGAAGCGGAAUCUGAUUCUGAUUCGAGUACGGAUUACGAGUAUGAAAAAGAGGUUUUUAAUGUAGGUGAUACAGAUGUGCAUGAAAGGAUUUCUACUAGAGAAUUACUGAAAUCGGCUUCCAGGCUUGGAGUUACGGGAAGGGCUAUCAAUUUUUUGGCCAGAUCCCGAGUAGACAGAGACCUUUGGGUAACGAGAUUGAUGACCGAAGUGGAAAGGUUUUCAGAAAAUCGAAACAACGAUAUACAACUGGUCUGAUUAUAAACUGUUUCGUGUGUCUGAGUUGAUUUGGCCACGAAAUAUAAAUUUUGUAUUGUAUUUUGUAAGUUUCGUACACAUGUAGAUUACUCAAAUGCUAAUUGUUUAGAUACUAAUGACAAUUUUGUGGGCA